UCUCUCCCCAACCACUCCCUCCCGGCUUCCUGCUGUGGCGUAGCUCUGACUAUCUGAUCUGCCGCUCGUCUUGCUACGGUCGCUCGCUCGAGGAUGGGCUGGUUGGGAGCUAUAGCUUUUCGGCUACUCUGUGUACCGACUUUCCUACUCGCCGGGACCGCAUGGGCUGCCGGUAACACGACGUGCGCCAGUGGGCAGUUGGAUUGGUAUUCUAAUGUGGUCGGGGAAUCACCAUGCGUAACCUACCAGAGGUUACGCCAGAUCUGCAACAACGACUAUGAAGUGGGGAACUUCUUCCCGAACACGCCCGGCGAUAGCUGCGACGACCAAGUCUCGGCAUGCUGCUGCAACACGGUCGCGUUCCAGCUGAGUAUGCUGUGCAUGAACUGCCAACAAGACACACUGGCGGGAAACCAAAUUGGGAUCGACGCCGGAGUCGGCGCGUAUGGGUUGUAUCGCGGCACAUGCGGGGCGGGAACCAACAACUCACUACCCGCCGAUAUACAGCAGGCGGUGUGCAACUUGAACAUAAAGUUGGACAACUACCUAUACGGUGGCUGGGCUGACGGCUCAUGGUUCUGCGUAUACACGAAGGAGAACGCCGUCCGGGACCAUGCCGUAAACAACAACAACACGUUCACGCACUGCGCGAACCAGAUCUCACCAUCCGCAACUCCUACCUCGUCGAGCAGCACCACUCUAUCGGCAUCCGCCGCCGCCAUUACAAGCCAGGGCGACUCCUCCAAGACCUCCAGCACGGGCGGCCCAUCCGCAACGAGCGCAAACCAGGACCAGGAUGACGGCGACGGGAAGGCGACCUCUUCGUCGCCCACGGGUGCCAUUGCGGGCGGCGUCGUCGGCGGCGUCGUAGUGAUUGUAGCCGUUAUCGGUAUCCUGCUGUGGCGUCGUCGUUCUCGCGGGUAUGGCGGCAUCACGCGCGGAACUCAGGAACCCCACCACGACUACGAGUUCCAUAUCGACGGCCCUUCCGGGGCAGGACCGCACAUGACCACGCCGUUCACCACCGGUAUGGUCACUCACGGCGGUGCAGUUACGCAACCGUCCAACUACUCAUCAUCUCAAGCGAUAUCUCCUCAACACGGACAUGCGCCUUCUUCGUGGAGCGACCUGUCCAGUUCAGUUCCCGUAGGCUCGGACAGCAGCGGCCUGCGCCACACGGACGCAGGCGUAGUCAUUCCCCUCGCCCGCUCUGCGUCUGGCCGGCUCCCCCCGGCGUACCGCUCCUGGGAGGACGACUCGAACGUGGGCUCCGACGUGCCGACGAGCCACCAAGGCAGCGCAAGCUCGCCGAGUGCGCCUGCGUCCGAAGUCUCGGCCCACCCGAACAUGCCGCUCGUCCCCCUCAGGCUGGAGGAGAAGGCGAGCUACUCCGGGCGUUCUUCAUAGUCAUGUCAUUGUCUUUCAGUUCCUCGCGCACUUUCUCUGGUUCGAUUGGCCUCUUUUAUCAUGUUCAUGAGUAUUCUUUCCUUCUUGCUCCGGAACCCAUUACAAGUACGCCACAAGUAAAGCUGUGGCACAGUCACAGUAGUAUAUGUCGCGCGCCCACCCAAGUAUUAGAUAGCUGUUUGCAGUGUGCCAAGAGUGUAGGCGGUGUUGAGUCCCAGAAUAUUUCAGCCGUGCCUGAGUCGGCGCUAAAGGUUUACCC